AUGCGCGACAAGAUACUUCGCUAUCUAUACCUUGCGUCCUCUGUUCUGAACUGGCCUCGGGGGCCUGGAAAUCUCUUGGAAUCGCAGCCGCCAGGCGACGAGCUCAAGGCAAUGUUAGAUCAGGUCGAUCCGAGGCGCGUUCAAACCAUAAUUGAGAAACUCGUGUCCUUCGGCACAAGACAUACGGCAUCCAGUCAAACCGAUCCAAACACAGGCAUCGGAGCUGCGAGGGACUGGAUCGCCGGACAGAUGAGAGAGUUUGCGAGUGGCAGCGCUGGGAGAAUGACAGUUUCGGUCCCAUCAUACAUCCAAGCACCGGUGUCUGGCGAGUUUAUAAGUAGCGUCAAUAUUAGCAACAUUGUGGCCAGACUCGAAGGAACCACAGACCCGAACCGUGUCUACGUUGUCUCUGGACACUACGACUCGCGUAACACCAAUAUACUUGACUCAACUGGUGAUGCACCAGGUGCCGACGACGACGCGAGUGGUGUCGCAGUGUCUAUGGAACUCGCCCGUAUCAUGGCCACGCAUGAAACAGCAGCUACGAUUCUCUUCGUUGCUGUAGCUGGAGAAGAACAAGGUCUCUAUGGCUCAACAUUCCUCGCCCAGUCUCUGCGCAGCGCGGGCGCCGAUGUGCAAGCAGCGUUUACGAAUGAUAUCGUGGGGAGCUCGACCGCGGACGACGGCUCUAAGGACCCUUUCAGCAUCCGGCUGUUUGCACAGGGUAUUCCGUCGAACGAAACUGCAGCACAGGUGCAGGCAAGAGCGACAAUUGGGGGUGAGAACGAUUCGCCAGCGAGACAGAUUGGAAGGUUUGUGUCAGAGGUGGCGAGUAAUAGUGCAACAAAUAUGACUGUCCGUGUGAUUUAUCGUCUUGAUAGGUAUCUCAGAGGUGGAGACCACAAGCCAUUCCUUGCAUUGGGCUACCCAGGAGCCCGUUUCACAGAACCACAUGAAAAUUUCGCGCACCAGCAUCAAAAUGUACGAGUCGAAGACGGCGUGCAAUUCGGAGACCUAAUCGAAUUCUGCGACUUCGACUUCAUCGCACGCGUUGCGCGUGUCAACCUGGCGACGAUGUUCUCGCUUGCGUCUGCGCCGGGCACGCCCAAGAAUGUCACUGUCGACAACUCGGUGCUGACAAACAACUCGACGCUGCGGUGGGCGCUUGGGGAGGAUUCGGGACUCGCGGGAUACGAGAUUUUGUGGCGGGCGACAGACGAGCCUUUUUGGACGCAUGUCAUCGCGGUUGGGCUUGUUAGCAGCGCCACAGUUGAGCUGUCGAAGGACAACGCGAUUUUUGGAGUGAGGGCGGUAGGGCAGAACGGAUUCAGGAGCCCUGCAACGUUCCCAUUUCCUGGAUAA